UCCCGAAGCUUCAACCCUGGCCACUGCGCAGCCACCGCCGCGCAACUUGCUAAUAUCACUCGCAGUUGUUUUCUAAGACCCGGAGUGCGCGAACGCUUUCGACAACCUUCAACCGUGUUUUGUUGUGGACAAUCGCGAUAAAUGUUCUAAGAAGCCCUGUUGUCUACAAUGGGCCUAUUAUGGCUACUGUUAGCGGCGUGCGCGCUGAUGUGCGCGAGCGCCGACCGCGGCGGAUCUUCGCUGCGGGGAGCGCUUGAAGCCCUGCAGCGUCGGCAACGAGGACGAAUGCACGGACCCAUCCUACCACAACCUGAUUAUGAUGCAUUGUACGAGUUUGUACCUCCACAAGGCUACCCUGAACCCGAUUACGCUGUGGAUGUUGAAGACAUUGAAGAAGAGCCAACUCCGAAAUACAUUGUGAAAUUAUUGGAUGAUAAUGAAAGACCACCUGAAACCUAUGAAUACAAACUUAUAAAGAAGAAGAAUACCGCUAACUCAGCCGCUAAGAAAGAAUCAGCGUUCCGUGAAAGGAGUCACCACUCAGAUAAUGAUAGGCUGCGUGAACUGUUCAUGGAUAAAAAUGAAGGAGAAGAGAAGAAGGAACAAGAAGAUGGGCCUGACAACGAUGCUGAGUACGCGCUACUAUUAGGACAACUUUGGUCGAAGUAUAAAUACAACAAAGAACACGCUAACAACAUUGAGAGUGCUCCUCAAGGCGUAGUUAAACUUUAUAACGAAAAGAUCGUUAAGAAACGAUACCCAGAUAAUUGGGGUCCUAUUGCAUUUAAAAGGAAACGAAGUUCUGACUCCGAUUCUGAUCGACCAAUUCUGUUUGAUUACGAUGGCAGGAAGCCUAACCCAGAACCAGUGGAUCCCAACUACAACGCUUAUGAUGUUUCUGAUGACGAUAAAGAUGACCUUCGUGAAGAAUAUGCGAUCGCAUUCCAGCCACUGGAUGAUGAUAGUUUCGCUGAUUUAGCUGAUGACGACCAAUAUACUUACGAUGCAGUUGAAAAACGUUUUCCUGUAACGAAGCGUAGCAGUGGUUCGUAUAGCUUAAAUACCCAAAAGAAAAGGUUUGCCCAAAAUCAAAACAAACGUGACACGGUAAAGUCGUUCCGAAGCAGUGCAGGUACUGAUCCGAAGCUGAUUAAGGACCUCUCUAAAAUAUUUGGCGAUUCUGAAAUUGAAAUUAUAAAAAAUCCGGUAAAACGUAACACUGACCACGAAGAACAUGAGCAUGAAGUUAAGCCACCUAUGUUAACACCAGUUCACAAUUUAACUCACGAACACAACAGUUCAGCUGUUCAUGAUGACGACAGCCACGAACAUCAUGGUCAUAACAUUCACCAUCCCGGUGUUUCAGGAAAAGAAGUGGAACAUGUAACUGAACACGGACACGAUCAUAGUCAUGCACAUGAGCAUGAACAUGAACAUACACACGACCACAACCAUAAGCAGGAUCACGACCACAGUGACAAAGAUAAACCAAUCACUGUCAGGAAGAAGUCGAUAGAUUGGUCUGACUACUUCGGAAUUGACAAACGCAAUAACAAGCCAGUGUCAUUCGUAAAUGGAUUAACUCAGGAUAGACUACGAAAACAAUACUUUGACACUUUCAACAAGGAAGUCAUUUACCCAUUGAAUUCAUUUCGCAAACACAGCUAUGUGAAAAGGAAUUACGUUGAAACCAAACCUAACGAAGAAACUGAAAUUCAAAUAGAUAGAGCUCACCUUGCCGUUCAGAAUGAAGAAAAGAGGAGCAAAGCUAGCGACAAUGACUCUAAACUUGACAAUAUCGAUAAAAAACUAAAAAACAUGGAAGGACUGAUUGUAGACGAAGCUUUGCAUUACUCUAAUGUAGAAGAGUUAGAUUCAAAAGAGGAACAAGAAAUGAAAGAAAAACUCCUGUCACGCUUAGCAGCGGCUUACAGCUUGGAGAAAAUGAGGAAGGCAUUGAAAGAGUUCAAACAAAGUUUGCAAAUCCAAAAGGCGAAGUCUAGUGCGGCACCAUCCCCGAUUCCCACCGAUGAGUCUAAAUCUAAACGUGUAGCUGUAAAGAAAGAGAAAGUAGAAAUAAUGAGCAACGAUAUUCCUGGAUUUGAAAAGGGUGACGAAAGAAACAGUGAUUUUGAAGAUGAACAAGGUGCUGGCCACUACUUGAACGGAAAGAUCGAGGAACAAUUUUCUGAAGGAUACAUGGGUGGCAGCGGUAGACACCGAAUUCCCGUAAUGGCAACAGUAGGUGCAUCUGGUGCGUGCCCGGUCCUUGCGAAGAUAGUGCAGCGGUGCCGAGGCGUAGACAUGCUGGCUGGCGACCGGGGACAGUUGUUCCUACCGCUUUGUAGCUUGCAUCAAAUCUGCUAUCUUUGCGGAGAGGCCCCACCAACAACCUGCGACCUGGUAUUCCUUUCUGAAGCCGAUACGACAUGCGAAGGAGACAUGGGAUGUCAACGAGCUGCUCGCUCCGCACUGAUGGCUCUGCGGGAACUGCACGACAACCUAGCCGAUGAACUGGACGGAGAAUGUGAGGCCAGCCCUUGCCUGCCUGCCACCCUCAAGCUCAACCUGGGCUGGCAGCGAGCCUUCCAUUCUGGUACAAGUGAGGCAAAUUGUGAAAGAUUGUGCGAAAACAAUCCUGUUUCCAAAAUGGGAGACGCUAGUGCAGAUAAUGAAAAUAAAGGAGUUGAUAAUCCAGCGGCAACAGACGACGAUGGAUCACCGGCGAGAAGACCAGAUGUAGUUAUUAGUGUUCAGCCCACAACUGGAGGUGACCGCGCACCACUACCGGUGUCAACUGUAGACUGGCGAUCUAACAGUCGGGGACAGUUCAUACCAGUACAUGGACUGGACUUCCUCAUAGGCGUCACCAACCUUCUGAUACAGCAAACUGUGGAACUCACUGAUCUGACAUCCAAAAUCGAGUCAGAGAAUCGAUAUAUAGUGCGAGUUCCAAAUGGCGAAGCGUUGUACAUUGCCAGUGAGACAUCGACUUCCACCCAGCGAUGCCUGUGUGGGUCAGGGAGGGCAUUCACCAUGCAUCUGCAUGAUAACACCAGGCAAGAAGCAAUGGUGCUGAAGAGAAGACUGGCUGCAGCUUCUUGCUGCUUCCCUUGUAGAUUGCAGGAGAUAAAAGUAAUAACUCCGCCGGGAGACUACGUGGGUCGCGUGCAGCAGCAGUGCACGUGGAUGGUGCCGUUCUACCUGGUGAGGGACGUCAAUGAACAGGUGCUGUUCGUGGUGGAAGGACCUGCUGUGCUGCAGCGGAGCGCGUUGCUGCUGUCCGAGUUUAAGAUAAUGACAGGAGAUUCCCUCCGCGAAGUAGGCAGGAUAGCCCACGGCUGGGACAGAGAUUUGAACAGUUUCACCACCACGUUACAGAUACCAACCACUGCUGUGCAGCCGAAACAUAAAGCUUUGCUUCUAGCCGCUGCCUUCCUACUGGAAUAUGCCUAUUUUGAGAGAUCAAAAACAAGUUGCCUCAGAUGCAAUUGUUUCUAAGUUUAGGUUACGGCUGUGGUAGUAAGUAAGGACUUAUUUUAAAGUAAAUAGGUAUUUAAGAUACAUAUUUUUGUACAAGCUAUCGUUGAUAAGUUUAUAAAAUAAAUGAUUAUAUUUUUAA